AUGUUCGCCUCCGAAGCCGUCUUCAUCGCUGCUUACAAAAAGCCCACUCUCUACACCCCUUCCACCUCUGCUACCAACUCGGCUGCUAACUCUCGCCGCCCUUCUGCCUCUGCUGCCACCACUGAGGCUGCCCAGAAGAAGAAGAACGACCAUGUUCUUGCCUCUGCCGCCAAGAUCCUCGCUGGCCGCCCCGGCAUCGACCGCAACGGCUCUUUCCUCCGCGCCAUGUAA